CCUUGUGAGUUUGGGGUGAAGCUCGCCAAAAUUUUCAUUUUUUCGCUUUUCAUCGCCUUCAUCCUUUCCUUUUCGUUGGAACAUCCGAGAGGAUUCAGUUUCCUGCCCAACCCCGGCGCUGGAAACCGAACAUGCGGAGAGCCAUGGCCGCUCUCUCUCCCUUCUCGCUCUCCCUCCCAAAACCAAAUCUCUAUGUCAAACGACCCCCUCUCUUCGUUUCUUCUCCUUCUUCUUGUCUUCAAUUUCUCUUGAUAUCCCGUCCGACUUCCACGAGGCCUCUGACAACUAGCUCUUCUUCUUCUUCUUCUUCUUCUUCUCCGGCGCUCGCGCCGCCGCCCCCUUGUCCACCUCCUCCUCUGUUCUCCUCUAGCUCCUCUGAUGCCGUCAAUCUCGAGCCCUACCUCGGUUGCUCCAUGCCCGGGAAGCGCCUCAAGGUCGCCGUUCUUCUCAGCGGCGGCGUGGACAGCAGCGUCGCCCUCCGCCUCCUCCACGCCGCUGGCCACGACUGUACCGCUUUCUACCUCAAGAUUUGGUUUCAGGAAGAUUUUAAGAACUUUUGGUCUGAAUGCCCCUGGGAUGAAGAUUUGAAGUAUGCAAGAACUGUUUGUGAUCAGGUUGACUUGCCUUUGGAGGUCGUUCAUUUAUCAGAUGAAUACUGGAAAAAUGUGGUAUCUCACAUUAUUAGUGAAUACCGUAGUGGCCGCACUCCAAAUCCUGAUGUUCUUUGUAAUACAAGAAUCAAAUUUGGUGCUUUUUUGGAAGCCAUUGGAGGUAUGGAGUUUGAUUAUGUUGCUUCAGGACAUUAUGCACACGUUAUUCACUCAUCAUCAGAACAAAGAGAUGGGCCUUCCAUCCUAAAAUUAUCAAAAGACAUGGUGAAGGAUCAAACCUAUUUUCUCUCACAUUUAUCACAGUUUCAGCUUAGGAGGCUUCUUUUUCCUAUUGGUUGUAUACCAAAGGAUGAAGUGCGUAGGCUAGCUAGUUUAAUGGAUCUUCCAAACAAAGAUAGAAAAGACUCUCAAGGAAUAUGUUUUCUUGGAAAGGUUAAGUUUUGUGAGUUUGUUGCAAAGCAAAUAGGGGAGGUGGAGGGUAUACUUUUAGAAGCUGAGACAGGAGAUUACCUUGGAAAACACCGGGGCUUUUGGUUCUAUACUAUCGGUCAGCGUCAAGGUCUGCGCCUUCCUGGAGGACCCUGGUAUGUUGUUGAAAAGGACGUGCAGAACAAUGUUGUUUUUGUAUCAAGAAACUACUUUUCACUGGAUAAAAGGAGGCGCACAUUUCGUGUUGGAUCAUUAAAUUGGUUUAGCGGUUCACCUCCUUCAGAGAAUGAGCAACUGCAGUGCAAGGUUCGACAUGGUCCUGGCUUUUACGACUGCAGCAUAACAGAAUGGUCUAGCAAAGAUGGUCAUGAAGAAGUUGUAGAGGUGCAUAUAUCUGAAGAUGACCAGGGUCUAGCUGCGGGGCAGUUUGCAGCAUUCUACUGCAAUGAUAUCUGCCUAGGAUCUGGAGUGAUUUUGGAUUCCUGGGAUGACAAGAGCUUUCCCAUUUGCACAAAGGCUUUGGAGAUUGCAAAAAUGGAGGACAAGUCGAAACUUGGAAAACCCGUUAAGAUAAAGAACGCGGAAAGAUGUUAAAGUGAUGAAAAAUUCUGGUGCUUCAUGGACAUUCUGAGCAUCCUAAGCAUAUUACUGCAGCUGAGACUCGAAAACAGGGAAGAUCUUUAGAUUCCCCGGAUGAUUGAGAGAGGAUUUUAAUGUAUUAUUAUUACGUGUCACUGUCCUGAAAUGCUGUGAUUUUGGUGGGGCUGAAAUCAAUUAUGAAUGUUCUUGAAGCCGAGGCGAUGCAUCGCAGGAAAGGGUUCAAAGAUUUUAAAAGUUACAUUGUUUUCAUAGUUUCAUGGUCCAUACCUACCUGCUCCUGAAGUCUUUUUGGACAACGGAGAAGCCAGUCAGGAUAUUGCAAGCUCCCCACAAACUGAAGCAAAUGAGUGACCCGGCUGCUGAUCUUACAAGCAAUUUCCAACCUCAUACAGAAUGGCGAACAAGAAUUUAGAGUUACACGAAUCUUAAACAGGAUCGUGGUACUUGGUAAAAUGUUUGGUUUAUAAUUAUUGUAUGCUAUUUUUAUAAUUACGGGAUGCCAUCAUAUAGUCUUCUGUAGUUGUGUAUAAUUUGAGACAUUAUUAAAAAGCUGUAAUGCCACUUCUUUUAGAUCCUUCUAUAUUUAAGCUGGAUUAAGUAUGCUCGCAAGUCUUUUCAUUUUCUUUACUCGAGUUGAAUCUAGGAAUAUCAUCAAGUAUAACAAAUACCCAUUGAAGCGGGACAAAAAUAUUGUGAUAUUUCAACAGAUGACUCAAUUUAAAUGCUGCCAUUUGAGAGCAACCCCCAUGUUUCACCAUUUAAACUCGGAAUUUUUCUUAUACUCUAGCAUUUUGGAUGGUUGAUACUGGGUGGUAAGAUUAUUUAUACCAAAUAGACUGAUAGAAGUCUUAGCAAAAAAUAGACUGAUAGAAAAGCAUAAGCCUUCAAUUUUUCUGCAUACUUGAAAUAUAGAUCCUUUCUGGAGUAUUGUGGUUCUUUUAUUAUUGGUAACUCAUCAUUCUCCCUGAUAUGCUGAAUUUCACAGACUAAGACAGGAAAUGCUCCAGAACCCUGGUCAUUUGCUCAGUGGCACAAAUGUUUUCCUAUGCCACAUUGCGUGAAGCAAUUGGUGCAUUCAUGAACAACCAUAACACAUUCUAUUCAUGCCACAUAAGCAUGGGCAUCAGUGAACAUUAAUCUUCUGCAGCGGAAGACAGGAAUCCAGGCCACUAAAGCCAACUAAUCCAAAACCCUUCCUCCAUAUUUUUCUCUCCCUUUCGCUUGACCAAGUCGCUCAACAAUCACCAAGCAGUUGAGCUGUCGUUUGCUCUCUUUUUUUCUUGCCACAAAUAAUCUUCAUUGUCUCAUAUUAGUCUCACUCGCAAGAGAGAACAAAUCUGAUUUCCAUGGCUACAAAAGAACUGGUCUCCUUUACCUCUCUUCAGGAAGCCGGAAUGAUCAAACCAAUCACGAAAAAAACAUCCGAAAAUAAAAUACUUAAAAAACUCAGAAGAAAUAUUUAAAAUAUUUACCCCUACUAGUUUCAAACCGCGUGCGAUCCAGUCCAGGGAAAGCGUGGUAAAGAGCCGUCCACACAACUGGAUUUCUUUCCUUUGUCGUAUUGUUCUUGGAUUUUCUUCAAACAACCGGCAAUUAAAAACAGAAUAGAAUACUCUUCAAUCAACGGCACAGAUGCUAAGAUCUAGGGGGAUAAAAAUCUAUUAAUAAAUCUGAGCCGAACUCUGAGCAUGAUUGCAAACGACACCCCACAAACAAUUAAGAAGGCCACUCUUAAGUUUCUAAUUGGAUUUAUGGGCAAGGUCCCCUCAAUUGCUUUCUGUUGUCUUGUUCUCAGUGUUUCAGAUUUCUAAAUUGCUUCGGUUUUUGCGGCCCAUUCAUUGGAUUAGCUUUGGAAUUUUGUUGCAACGAUGAUUAGCAAAAUUCCCCUUGUUUCCUCCUAUUCCUAUAUAUAUUCCAUGAUCACUUGCUAGAUCACCUGUUAGAUUUGGAGAGAGAAUCAGAAUAUAAUAUAUACAUAUAUAAAUAUUUUAUAUCAUCAUUUCCAUCUUUUGCUCUUUUGUAAUGCCUCAAUUACGGACCAUCCAGGAAAGAAAGAAGAAAAACCAAAAUUUCAUCCAUCAGAUUCCACUUCGAGUCUCCCAAGCAGCCGAUGUUCUUUUCCAAAAUCCACUCAACAUGAAAACUUUCUUUUGUUUUUCCAAGAAUAAAGCAUGAAAACACUUUUAAAUUUCAAUUCUUUCCAGAACUAGAAAAAUAUCCCCUUAAAAAACAUUUCCACCCCUCUUUUGGGAGAAACAUAAACACAUCCCCCAACAUCCAUCCAAUCCAUGCAUCCCCAAACAACCAAGACAUAUUAAUAGAAGCGAAUAACGCUCAUCAGCCUGUUGAAAGAAAACCCCACUAGAUUUUCGCAAUUUCUACAAAAAUCUCUCCCCCAUCACCACCACCACCACCACCGUAUUAUUGCUCAAAAAACAAACAAACAAAAAAAAAGCCUCUCAACAUACGUAAGACAAAAGGGGAUCCAAAGAUU